CCACCGAGGAAACAAACGCGCAUUGAGGAAAGGGGGAGAACAAUCCAAGGAGAAGAGGAGGAAGAGAGCGAGGAGAGCAGGGGGAGAGUUGGGGAUUUCUAGGGUUUUUGGUGGUUCGCUGGGAGGAAUCGCUGCCAUGGCGUUCCGAAGGGCUUCUCUCUCUCUUCAUCUUCUUCUAUUCUUUUUAUCACUCUUCGUUGUUUCGGAUCUUAUGGUUGCGAUGGCGGCGGAUGACACCUCUCACGACGACGCGGAGGCCCCCAAAUCCCCUGCCUGCAACAAUAAAUUCCAGCUGGUUAAGAUAAAGAAAUGGGUGAACGGGACUGAAGGCACUAGCAUUGUUGGACUAAGUGCCAGAUUUGGUGCUUCCUUGCCUAGUCAUGCUUCUGAAGCUAUAAAAACAUCUGCAGUUCUUACAAAUCCUUUUAACUGCUGCACUAAUGUGUCAUCAAAGUUAACAAGUUCAAUUGCCUUAGCUAAGCGUGGAGAUUGUACUUUCACUGCCAAAGCAAAGGUUGCACAGGCAGGAGGUGCAGCAGGCUUACUGGUGAUAAAUGACAAUGAAGAUCUUUACAAGAUGGUUUGUAAUGAAAAUGAUACUUCCCUUAAUGUGACAAUUCCUGUUGUAAUGAUACCCAAGUCAGCAGGCGAGAAUUUGAGGAAAUCCUUUGAUAAUGGAGAGAGGGUGGAAGUCCUCCUUUACUCUCCAAACCGGCCAGUUGUCGAUUUCUCAGCAACCUUUUUGUGGUUAAUGGCUGUUUUUACCAUUGUCAUUGCUUCGAUCUGGCCUGAAUAUAUUGCAUGUGAUCAGGUUGAUGAGCGUUAUAAUCAAUUGACACGGAAGGAUCAGCCUAACACUGGAAUGAAUGACAGGGAAGACUCUGAGAAGGAAGUCUUAGAGAUUAAUGCAAAGGGAGCUAUAAUUUUUGUUGUAGCAGCAUCAGCUUUUCUAUUACUUCUUUUCUAUUUUAUGUCAUCUUGGUUCGUGUGGCUGCUGAUUGUGUUGUUCUGCAUUGGUGGUACUGAGGGAAUGCAUGUUUGCUUAGUGACACUUAUUUCAAGAAUAUCCAAAGAUUGUGGGCAGAAGACCUUACAUCUUCCAAUUUUUGGCGAAGUCUCGAUUAUAUCUGUUGUGGUUUUGCCAUUCUGUGCAGCCUUCGCAAUUCUAUGGGCUGCAAAUCAGCAUGCUUCGUAUGCUUGGAUUUGUCAAGAUAUUCUUAGUAUCUGUUUGAUGAUAACUGUACUGCAGAUGGCUCGAUUGCCAAAUAUCAAGGUUGCAUCGGCUCUUCUUAGCUGUGCAUUUGUAUAUGACAUAUUUUGGGUGUUUAUAUCGCCUCUUAUAUUCCACGAAAGUGUUAUGAUUGCAGUUGCUCGUGGUGACAGCAGUGGGGGAGAAGCAAUUCCAAUGCUUUUGAGAAUGCCUCGUUUUUUUGAUCCUUGGGGUGGCUAUGAUAUGAUCGGCUUUGGGGACAUUCUUUUCCCUGGUUUGCUUGUUGCCUUCAGUUACAGGUAUGAUAAAUCUAACAAAAAGGGCACCUUGAAUGGCUAUUUUCUUUGGUUGACACUUGGAUAUGCAUUUGGUCUCUUACUCACUUAUCUUGCUUUAUAUCUGAUGGACGGACACGGACAACCUGCCCUUCUAUACCUGGUUCCAUGUACCUUAGGCCUUAUUGUUAUAUUGGGUUGGGUGAGAGGAGAAUUGAAUGAUUUGUGGAAUUAUGGAAGAACUCGAUCAAGUACCGGUCCUGCUUCAGAGUGAUGAGCGGAGUGUACGUGAAAUCUCGUAGGAGAUGAUGACAAAGUUCUUUUAGAUAUUCUCAGACCAUCUUCACACAGGAUCAAUUGGAACCAUUUGAACUGCAUACUACAAAUCAUCAGGGCUGCCUGAGAUAAGGAAGAUGGAUAAGUAACUCAUGAAAUAUCUGGAGAUAGGGAAAACAGAAGUAUGAGGCAAGCCUCCCCAUCAUUGAAUUGUAAACUACCAUCUUUUAACCAAAAUGGAAGACAUCAGCCACUUCUUUUAUCUAUAUAGUAAAUAUUCCACUGCUUUUAUCCAACAGUAACUAUUGUAUUGCAACUUAUUGUAAUAUUAUUCGAGGAUUCUGUAUUGGCUUCCUGAGCCUUUUGUGUGAUUUAAUCCCUGCAAGAACUUUCUCAUUUGCAAUAGUGAUAUGGCCAGCAACUCUUAGAUUA